CUAAAUUUAGAGCAGAUUGUAUGACUAUCGUAUGUUAUCUUAGUAUGCGGGUCUUGCAACCCUCCCUACAAUAUCUAACACUGGAGGAACUUGAAUCCAACAUACUGUUGAUAAUGCAAGGGAUUGCUUAACUCAAUGGACUCAGCUGUUAAGCUACCAAAAAUAUGAUACAUUACCAAAUCCAAGAAAAAGAUGAAGCAAAACUCCAAAGAAAGCUACCACAAAGAUCCAAUGUUGCAUCAAAUGCUGGCAGAAAAGAAACCGAAUUUACCGCUGAGGAGCAAGAAGCUGUCCAAAAGGUUUUACGGCAGAAGCUUGGCUCCUCAUUCAUCAGCCAGAGAAGUGGAGCGGGAGGCCAGCGUAUUGCAUACAUUGAAGGAUGGCGACUUAUAUCCCUUGCAAAUGAAGUCUUUGGCUUUAAUGGAUGGAGUCAUUCUGUCACAAAUCAAACCAUUGAUUUUGUGGACCACUAUAACAGUCGUUAUUAUGUGGGAAUCAGCGCUAGGGUACGUGUUCAGUUAAAAGAUGGAGUUUACCAUGAAGACAUUGGUUAUGGUGUUUCAGAAGGCAUGAAGAGUAAGGCCUUGUCCAUUGAGAAAGCAAGAAAGGAGGCUGUAACAGAUGGUUUGAAGCGAGCUUUGAAGAGUUUUGGAAAUGCACUAGGAAACUGUCUGAGUAAUAAGGAUUAUCUUCGGUUUAUAGGAAAAGCACCAGCUGCUCCAGUUCCUCAGAUUACAUCUGGAGAUUUGUUAAAUGAAGUUAAUGAAACAGGUCUGGCAGCAAUUCGCAGAAGAGCCUUACAAGAAGGAAGAUUUGGAAAAGUUGAGGAAAGGAGGCCUGAAGACUUCACACAUCAUAUGACAUCAGAUACAAAUGUACCUGGCCAGUCAAAUAAGCAUGAGUGUAAGCAGGAAAAUGUGAUUAAGAGAAAUCCAACCAUUGUGAAAAACAUUAAAGUUGAACCAUUUUCAAGACAUAUCGAAUUGUCAACUGAGACUAAAAGUCCACCAAUAAAUCAGUCAUCAUCACAUACAUUCAAGCACAAUAGUCUUACUACUCCUUCCCUGCAAAGGCAGACAACAACUUUUAAUAAACCUGAUGAUCAUGUAGUGAAGGAGUGUGUUGAACCACAACAUGUUUUGCAAAUUGUAGAAGACAAUGGGAAAAAAGCAGGAAAAUGUGAUGCAGAUGAAAAAUGUAAGCAAGCUGAUCAAGUCGUUUUAAAUGAGACUGAUAAAUCCAUUUUUUUCUCUACCACCAUAAUUGAGAAAGAAAAUUGUACUGUUUUAAAUGAUUUGGACAUUAAAGGACAAGCAGUUACACCAGGUAAUAGCUCUAGUGAUGAUAGAGAGCAAAGGAAAAUCAGGCAAAGAGAAAAACAACUUGAGUUUAAAAGGAAAAGGGGUAAGAUGGAUGAGGAUAACACUAUAGUCUCCUCAGAAAAUAACUCUCCAGCAGAACAAGCUAUGUGGGAAGCAGCAGAUGAAGUCAUUGGAGAAGAUGACCCAACAUUCUGGGCUCAGCUGAUGACACAGCAACUGUUAGAAGCUCAAAAAGAGGAAGCUCAGUGGAACAACUUGCCAUUAUCACCUAAGUUUGCUAGCAGCUCAAAAGAGAGAAAAAGACCAAAGAGAGCAACAUCCUCCCUCCCUUCAGUUAAUCGUACGGACUGGGGCUUGAUGGAAGAAUUCACUAAACUGGAUAAGUCUGAAUCACACAAUGGAAAACAGGUCUCUCAUUCUGCAAACAAGACCUCUUUGCAAGACAAAGUUAAUGAAAAUAAACAUUUGGAAUUAAAGGAAAAGAGAGAGAUUAAUGUUAAUAGUAAUAGUUUUAAAAGGCCUUUGCCUCUCCAGACUGAAUGGAUUGAAAGAAGAUUACACACUGGUCUCUCUCAGAAGAAAAGGAAAGGUGAUAUUUCAGUGUGAUUUACUUUUCUUUUUUAGAAAUUAUUUUUAUAGUUUUACUAAUGACAUUUUUCUUGCAGUGGAUUGACAGUUUUUAAUAUAAAAUUUUUACCAUAUA